CUGUGUGUACACACAGUAUCGCAAGCGCUACGGAGUCGGCCGCAGUCGUCGCCGUCGUCGUCGCCAACGCCGAUGUCAAAUAUCUCUUCAGCGCAGCCGCUGCGAAGAAGCACAAACAUUCCAGCCUUCGGGGCAGACAACAAACAAAUGCGUGACGUGUGUCGACGGUGACCGAAGACUAUUUUUUGGCGUGUAUCUACUACGGCAAAUUACCUGUUGAUUUCGCUGGUGUGUGCGCUGCGACCGCUUUGCUUUUCUUGCUUCGUGGUGUAUGUUGUGCGUGAGUGUGUGCGCGAAUGACUGACUACCGAAACGUAUCUCCUGCGCGCCUCUGCGAAACAUUUGAUAUUAUAUUUUAGUGUUGCGUAGAAUAAGUGUCCUUAUAAAAUACAACUAAGUGCCGAAAAUCAUUGUGAUAAAUAACUCGAAAUUCUUUUAACUAUACGUAAACCGACAACGUACAUCUAAAAAUUAUAUAGAAAUAAAUUUAUAGAAAUAACUUAUAAUCUUAAAGCGCGCAUAACUCCAACUGUGAUCCAAGCCAUUCUGAAUUGAUAACGAAUGACAAUUUUCAAAGGUACUGAUAACUCGAGCAAACACACAACAUUACACAUCGUACAUCAACUUCUACGACAACUCAACUUCUACGGAUGAAAAUCGAAAAUAUUUUUUCUGUUUCUCUCUCUAAAGUUAAAUUUGAACCUAAUGUCGAUCUGACGUGUGGCAUCGCCGCAAGAAGUAAUUUCUAAUCGAUUUUAAACGAGAGAUAGAUCCGCGUUGUAUUUGAAAGUGAAUCGCGUGGCAACAUGGCGGAUUAGUGAGUAACCGUACUUAAGUCACCUAACCUUACACACCUUGGAAAGAAACGACCGGAUUCGACAAUGCGAUGCACACGGCGCUAGCGACUGGUAACUAGCGACCACCUGUAGGAUUGUUCCACGAAGCAAACCAGCACGUGGUGCGCGUGGUUGCGUGGCACACGACAAGGAACCGCUUGCCAUUCUCGAUGAGCAUUAAGGGCAUCAACAUGAUCGGUCCGCACCACAUUUGCGUGUUGUACGUGGCGACGGCCGGUGUGCAGGGGCCGCUCAUGGGCUCCGAUGAACAGGAGAUCGUCUUGUUGAUCUACGUGAUCAUCGACGUUAUGCAAAAUAAGGUGGUUGGAAUUCAGCAAUACCCAAUUAGACCUUCAGCGGCCGAUGUGAACGAAAACAUCCUCUCUGAACAACUCACUGCUGAAUCCGUGCUCACCGAUGAAGUGAUUAAAACCUCCGGUCGAUUACUGGAUACAGCAUUGAAUGAAUUUGACGCCUAUUGUCAAAGUCUACACAUCGACCCGUACACCUCCGGCUUCCGGUUGAUCACCGAUGGCCAGUUACCCAUCCGACAGUGUUUGCACCCAGAAGCGUGUCGCAAAGACAUCGAUCUUCCACCCUACUACACCUCCUUUCAUGAUUUACGAAAAGAGGUGGCGCGAUUCACCAACCAAACCGAAGAAACUCCUGCGAGUAUUGCGGAUCUACUGACUUCACUAGAUUUGAAAGCCGAAACAGAGAAUGAAUUCUACAUGCGGGACGCAAAGGAUAUGGUCAACAUUGUGCACAAAUUAAUUAGUGAAGGACAUCGUUUUGAAUUCCAUGAGACUGUGACGCUUGCUCUCGAACCUGGCAUUUGUUCAAAGGACGAUGAAAUAGAUAGCAACUGCGUCGUGCGCGCCAGAGGUUUGCCGUGGCAGAGCAGCGACCAGGACAUUGCGAAAUUCUUCAGGGGUCUCAAUGUGGCAAAGGGCGGAGUAGCAUUGUGUUUAUCACCACAGGGUAGACGGAACGGCGAAGCUUUGGUGCGGUUUGUUAGCCAGGAGCAUCGCGACAUGGCACUGAAACGGCACAAGCACCACAUAGAUUCGCGCUACAUUGAGGUGUACCGCGCUUCCGGCAAGGACUUCCUGUCGGUGGCGGGUGGAAGUAGUUGCGAGGCGCAAGCAUUCCUGUCGCGUGGUGCAGCUGUUAUCAUUCGUAUGCGUGGAUUACCCUACGACUGUGUUGCUAAACAAGUCUUGGAUUUCUUCGCAUCUGGUGAAAAUUCUUGUUCCGUACUUGAUGGCACCGAAGGGGUACUUUUUGUAAAGAAACCUGAUGGUCGGGCUACUGGUGAUGCGUUCGUUUUGUUUGCGAAUGAGUCAGAUGCGCCGAAAGCGCUGUCGAAACAUCGAGAAUGCAUCGGAUCACGGUAUAUCGAAUUGUUUAGAUCUACGAUUGCUGAAGUGCAACAGGUGUUGAACCGUUCGCUGGACCCAAAAACGUAUGAUCCGCCAGCGCCGCUGAUACCACCGAUACCGCAAUUGCCUCUGCUGCCACAACAUAUCAUAACAUCAGGCACACGAAAGGACUGCGUGCGAUUGCGUGGGUUGCCUUACGAAGCACAAGUCGAACAUAUUCUCGACUUCCUUGGGGAUCAUGCGAAAAACAUCAUAUUACAAGGCGUUCAUAUGGUUUACAAUGCUCAAGGUCAGCCAAGUGGCGAAGCAUUUAUCCAAAUGGACUCUGAGCAAUCAGCGUUUGUUACCGCACAGCAGAAACACCACCGCUAUAUGAUUUUUGGCAAGAAGCAGCGUUAUAUUGAGGUGUUCCAGUGCUCCGGCGAAGACAUGAAUCUCGUCCUCACGGGCGGUAUACCGGCGCCUGUUUCGCCGGCGAAAGCCGCGCCCGCCCUGCUCAGUCCCGGUAUGUUACCUUCGAUUGCACCAUUACCGCCUACUAAUAUACCACCGCCCCCGCCUCCGAACACGACGGUCGCGCAAAUAUCUCAAAACCUCGUGCAGCCUAAUCAUAAUCUAAGCUGGGAGAACCCCACGUUAUUCGCCCAGCAACAGGCGCAAAUGAUUGCACAACAGAAUUUACUCGCGCGUCAAAAUCAAGCGCAGGUGCAGAACGAUCUGCUCCUGAUGAACCAAAUCGCACAACAUAAUUUCGCUGUCUUGAAUCAUCAAGCAGCCGCCGCCGGCGGGCCAAUGUCACCCACGUCACAACAACAUGGCAUGCCGAACAUGCUUAAGCAACAAGCGGCAGCGGCUCCCAUGUCGAUGAUGUCACAUAUAGUACCGCAGCAGCAUCCGUUUCUGUUGCGGAUGGCGCCAUCGAUGGGGAUGCCGCGCCCGCAAGUCGCGUAUCCUCCACAUUUAUUACACGGACAAGCCGCGCCCGGCGUGGGUGUCUAUCAACACGUGAUGCCACACGUCGCCGCCGUCAAACGCAGCUAUGGCGACGCUUUUGCAGAACAAGCAAACUCACCAGCGAAACGCGCGUUUCAUCCGCCUGGCUCAUAUCCGCUUUACACUCAAUUCUAUCCGAAUAUGUAAAUGCAACGUAAUUGCACAUAUUUCAACUAAUCGGAUUUUUUUCAACAAAAGACAGCUAGAUAUUUGUAAAUAUGUACGAUAUUUUUUAUAUACGCGAAUAUUUAUCUAUAUUUGAUAUACAUUUACGACAAUGCAGUUUAACUGCUUCGAACUUAAACUAAAACAACACAUAACGAUAAGCUUUGAGAUAUUUGUACGAUUUGUCAUGUAAACCCCUUGAAGGUUUUGGGUACCUCUAUAAUUGGUUGGUAUUCAUACACACAUAUUCCGCGGGGGGUGAAAAAUAAACUGUUGGUGAAUUUAUCUCGGAGACAAGUGACGCAAUGUGUACACGUUUUGUACCUGGCUAAAAGACAUUAUGUAUACAGCUUAUUCUUUGUUGUUGACGUUUAACUGUUGGAGAAGAUGUGCUCUCAUUGGCUACGACUAUAUCAGUAGGACAUUCCCAUUUAUUUUAAUAUAUUCGCAAUAUUAUUCCAAUUGUUAUAAAAGACGCAUUGAAAGAUGACUUCAUUUUCUUGUUAAAAUAUAUAAAUCGUGUUAAUAUAUUUGAUCUAGGCAUUUGAAUUGCAUAUAACGAUCGAUUUCGUUUCGACAAAUAAGUUUUAUAAGCUCUUAUUUCAUAAGUGAUUUAAUUUAAAGUUAUCUUUGAUGCGUACGCAUAUAAUAAUUACAAUAAUUGUUUUUCAUGAUCGAAUCUAAUCGUAUAGAUUUGCAAAAUUCUUUAAUUACAUAUACGUUUAAUGUACGUUUAAAUAUUCAAUAAGUGAAAACAUGGAAAUUGCUUGAAUUAAUUCAUUAUUUGAGUGUCGCUCUGGUGCUCUAAUUAAUUGCUCCGUCCUUGUUGAGAAUAUGCGAGCGAAUUUUCAUGUUUUCGCCUUGUUUGGUUGUUGUUAGGCAAAAUUUUUAUUGCGAGCGCAAGCUGUAGGCAUACGAUAUUUUUAAUUUUUUUGAUUUUGUUUAUCUGUUACUGGUUUAUGCAUAGUGUUAGAACUAAAAACGAAAGAGAGGCUGUCGCAAAUUGCAACAAAACAACUCUUUAAGCUUUCGCUAGAUUUCGGUGUUGUGUAUGUGCGUCUCUGUGAGUCAUUCGUUGAUGGGGGUCGUUUUUUAGUGGGUUAUAGAAGGAGACUAACAAACUUUGCGGAAUCGAAGCUUUAAAACGCCAUUUUCUUCACGUACUAACACGCUCUUUCUUUAUGUGACUAUUUUAUUAAUGAUUCUGCAAUAUAAUAUCGAUCAUCUGAAAGCCUCAUUAAAUAUUGAUCAAGGUAAGAUGGAAAGUGCGAACUUUGCGUCUCUGCCUCCACAAAAUGUCAUUUUGGGAAACUUGGAAUGUUAAUUAUCUUAAGUACAUUUGAAUUUGAAGGUUAAGUACUUUUUUAGAAGUUUCGAAAUUAUUUCUGGGCUCCCCCUGUCACAAUGCAUGAAUUUGACACUCAUUUCACGCGAGUUACUUGUAUGUUCAUAUACAGAUCUAAAUCUAGCGAAAGUUUGAGGUUAUGGAAAGUUUAUUAUAAUCAUAAGUAUGAGCGAUAAUUUUUUUGUAUCGUAAUACGUGUAACUUUGCAACAUCAUUGGAGAGCAGCUCUAAAAUGAUUUUUAUUUUCAUUUGAAUUAUGUUCUAAUAAUAUUUUUAUUUACACUUUAUUAAUAAUAAAUGUUUAUGUCACAUUAA